UAUAAAAAAUAAUUAGUUCUAUCACAAUCCCAAACUCUCCCACCCAUUUCUCCUCCACUCUCUAUCCUCAGCAAUGGCAGCAGAAAUGGCACUCCUAAAACCCAUCAGCAAAUUCAGCCCGAAACUGAGCCCGACCCCAAUAACCCGACCCGCAAAGUUUUUCAGGGUAUCAAUGUCAGCAACGGCAACUCCAAUGCCCACAAAACCAUCAAAAAAGGGGAACAAGAAGGAAAUUCAAGAGUCCCUUUUAACACCAAGGUUUUACACCACAGAUUUUGAUGAAAUGGAGCAGCUUUUUAACACUGAGAUUAACAAGAACCUUAAUGAAUCCGAAUUUGAGGCACUUUUGCAGGAGUUUAAGACUGAUUACAAUCAAACUCACUUUGUUCGAAACAGUGAGUUUAAGGAAGCUGCUGAUAAACUUGAGGGCCCUUUGAGGCAGAUUUUUGUUGAGUUUCUGGAAAGGUCUUGUACUGCUGAGUUUUCUGGGUUCCUUCUUUACAAGGAGCUUGGUAGGAGGCUUAAGAAAACAAAUCCAGUGGUCGCGGAGAUUUUCUCCCUUAUGUCUAGAGAUGAAGCCAGGCAUGCUGGGUUUCUGAACAAAGGGUUGUCAGAUUUCAAUCUGGCCUUGGACUUGGGUUUCCUGACAAAGGCUAGGAAAUACACAUUCUUCAAGCCAAAGUUCAUCUUUUACGCGACAUACUUAUCAGAGAAGAUCGGUUACUGGAGGUACAUUACUAUUUACAGGCACCUCAAGGAAAACCCUGAGUACCAGUGUUAUCCCAUCUUCAAGUACUUUGAGAACUGGUGCCAAGAUGAGAACAGACACGGAGAUUUCUUCUCCGCUCUCAUGAAGGCACAGCCCCAGUUCCUUAACGACUGGAAGGCCAAACUCUGGUCCCGCUUCUUCUGCCUCUCGGUUUAUGUGACCAUGUACCUCAACGAUUGUCAAAGGACAGAUUUCUAUGAAGGAAUUGGUCUCAACACCAAAGAAUUCGAUAUGCAUGUCAUCAUUGAGACCAACCGCACAACUGCUAGAAUAUUCCCAGCUGUGUUGGAUGUGGAGAACCCAGAGUUCAAGAGGAAGCUUGACCGAAUGGUGGAGAUUAACAAGAAGCUGAUCGCUGUAGGGGAGACUGACGACAUUGGUUUUGUGAAGAACUUUAAGAGGAUCCCGUUGGUAGCAGCAUUAGUUUCAGAGAUCUUGGCUGCAUAUCUGAUGCCACCUAUUGAAUCUGGCUCUGUCGAUUUUGCAGAAUUUGAGCCACAGCUUGUAUAUUAGUUUUCCUCUCUAUUACUGCAUUUUAUUGUAAACUUAUAAAUUGAGGAUUACUUGAAUUGUUAUUGCCUGAGAACACAGAAUCUGUAACCGUAUGUAAACUUUAUAAAUUGCAGAUUUUGACAA